UUCACAUUUCGUAGUGAAAAAAAACGUUUACUUUGAGGUUAAAUUUGUCCAUUACUAUAUUCACCUAAAUUCAAUGAUUGGUUCAAAAUAAAUUGGAAUUUUAUAUUUUGGAAAGUUUACACAAGUGAACUCUCCCUAAGGUGUAAUCAUUGUAAAUAAAUGUUUCUUGUAAUUUACUUAUUACACGGCAUACACUUACGUGCUACACGUGUAAUAUAACCUAAAAACAAAUUUUAUACAUUGAAACGAUUAUUUAAAUGCAUUUAAAUCACUGUAUAAUCGCAAUCCAUCGUCAAUUGAAGAACUAAUAAUGAAAAAAUAAGAUAUUAAGCAUCUAUAUAAACCAUUUGAAAAAAUGGCUCUUUCUUUGAAACGGGAAGAUUUAAAACAUGUACCCUGGUUCUCUUUAGAAGAAUGGUACGAUGUAUACAAACAGAUUUACUCAAACGUCCCAGAGGAACAAGAAAAAGGGUAUAAAACACUUCUAGUAUGGAAGGCAAGGAAUUCAAAGUUACCAGUGGGCGUAGACUGCACAUUAUCUUUGAUACAAGUAUCUCUUAGGGACAGGGAAUGGAGUGAAAAACUUGAUAAGGCUGAGCUACCUAUGUAUUAUGAAAAUGACUUAUGUAUGAUGUAUUCUCUCUGCAUCAUGAGGUUUUUAAAUCACAUUUCGAAUAUAGGACACACCAAGCAAUCGUCUCUAUUUCAGAUCGCAAAACAAAUAAAAAUUCCCGAAUGGAUUGUAAAUCUUAGACAUGACGCUGCUCACGGUUAUGAAUUGCCGUCUGUGGGCGUUUUGCGAAUCGCCGUUAACAUUCUUCUAGCUUGGUUGCAUGAUGAAUACUGGACAGCUGAAAUAAAAAAUAUGAUAGAUUACUACGAUAAAGAAGUAAACAGAGUAGAAACAACAGAAUCUGAAGAAGUACAAGCUCUUGAAGAUUUAAUUGAACUUUGGACGGCUGCUGGAUUAUAUAUUCAUGCUAAAUACACUUUGGUCUCAAAAGUUCCUGAUCUUAAGUUACAGAAAACUCUGAUGGAUUUACGUUCAUUUGCAAUAAAACAAUCACAGCAAAAUAAUACAGCUCUCAUAAAUCAAGAGGUAGAGUCGAUAACCGAGAAUUUAAAAAACAACGAAGAGUACAGAUUAAGUACUGCGCAAAGCAUCCUAUUAUCUGAAAUAUCUAAAUGUCUCAGUAAAAAUAAAUUCCUCCUAAAUAACGCUCAAACAUUUUGCUCUAUUCUAUCCAACAACGAAGUUUUUCUGCCAAACUCAGAUUUUUUACGCAUAUUCCGAGAAGAAAAUUCUGGAAAGAAUAAAGUGGAAAGUCUUCCCUUAAAUUUUAUCAAAUUUUGGGAAUGUUUUAUUGCUUUGUUACAAGAAAAGAAGCUGCUGGAACCAUUGUUUGGACAAUUGUUGAAACUGAUUAAUAAUGAUAAGGAAAAUAAUCAAAAAAGGCGUGUAGCAUCUUUAUGGAUUUGUACUAUUGGUAACGCUUUGAUUAAACACAAAAUCGCUCAGCAAGUUGCUCUGAAUUUAAGCCAGACCUUGGAUUGCAAAAAGCAGAAAUUAUCUUCGAAACUUUUUUCGCUUAAAGUUCGAGAUAAGGUGGAAAGCAGAUACCCAGAGCUAAAAUCGCCAUGGCUGAAUUGGUCAGUGGAUGUUCCUAGUUGCUUAACUGAUAUGAGGAUGGUGCAAAAACUUUUAUUAAAUCCAAAUCAAUAUUUAGUUGGAUUUAUUUCCUCCCUGUUGGAUCUUCUCCCAGUUAGUAAAAAUUCAAAUUUCAAAGAAAACUUGCUGUCUCUCGUGAAUAUCCAGGUUAUGGGGCAAGUGGAAACAUAUAUUUCACUGGAAGAUAAUCCAGUGCAUACUGUGAAAGAUCUUGAUGAAUUUAACUUGAAGCAGAAAGAAGGAAAUAAGUUGAAGAGUGUGAACUUACACGAUAAAAGAAUUCGGAACAUAAAUUGGCAAUUAGCAUCAGAAAAUGAAAACUGGGGGAACUGUCCAUUUGGUUUGCUUCCAUGGCAAGUGGAUCGUGAAGAAAGUGUGAAACCAUUAAUUAUAUCGCCUACAAGCAUUUGUACAGCAAACUUUUUAACACAAAUUAUACCUGGAAUAAUAGAUCCGGAAAAUCUCAGGAUGCGGAGCGAAAUUAAUUGGAAUACAGUCCUAAGAUCAAAAAAACUUAAAAGCAAGAAGCGAAAGGGACAUAGCGAUAUUCUUAUAGAUCGUGCCAUAAAAGUUAUUAAACAACAAUUGUAGAUAUAUUUUUUUAAUUCACAACUUAAUUUGGUACACUUGCAGCUAUUGACAAAUAAAGCUUGCAUUGUAAAAAAUUCAAUGCCAAAUGUAAGAAAUAGUACUUAAAUUCCUGUAUGUACGGUUUCUUUAGGAAUAAUUUCAUUCUUCAUCUGUUUUAUUGCUUCAUUUCUGAAACAGUAAAUAUUUUUAUCUUUUUAUCUUUUUAUCUUUAAGCUAUCG